UGUUCUUUUUCUUAAAUUAUAAUUUAUUAUUAGCAUUAGUGGUAGAUUGAUAGAAACGAAGAAAAACAAAGAAACCACGCAAGGGCAAGGCUCCCUUUCUGCCAAAGAAAAGCUCAGCUUCCUUCUUCUUUGUCUCUCAAAAAGUCAAGUUUGAUUUCUUAUUAAAAUCCGAAGACUUUAGACUCUAUGGGGGCUAGACUGAGCCUAAACAACUCCAGGGGUGAGCCCUCUGAGGUUUUACGAAGUGAACUUUGCAAGAGGCAAAGGUUGUCAUCAAGCUUUUGUGAGGAUAAUCCAAGAUUGAUCUCCAGUCUUCCUGAUGAGAUAUCUAUGCAGAUUCUUGCUAGAAUUCCUAGGAUCAACUAUUUAAAUCUCAAGUUGGUGUCUCGGGCCUGGAAGGCUGCCAUUCUGAGUGUUGAACUUUACAAUGUGAGAAAAGAACUUGGAACUACAGAGGAAUGGCUGUAUAUAUUAACAAAGGUUGAAAAUGAUAAGCUUCUAUGGUAUGCUUUGGAUCCUCUAUCCAGAAGAUGGCAGAGGCUGCCACCAAUGCCAAAUUUUGCUUAUGAAGAUGAAUGUAGAAAGGGUAUGAUCCCCCUUCGGAUGUGGCAUAUGGUGGGCUCGAGCAUCAAAAUUGCCGAUGUGAUAAGAGGUUGGCUUGGGAAGAAGGAUACAUUCGAUAGAAUGCGGCUUUGUGGUUGUGCCAUUGGGGCUGUUGAUGGCUGCCUCUAUGUGCUAGGGGGAUUCUCUAGAGCUUCAGCCAUGAAAUGUGUCUGGCGGUAUGAUCCAAUUUUUAAUUGUUGGAGUGAAGCAGCUGAUAUGUCAAUUGGUAGAGCUUAUUGUAAGACAGGCAUCUUAAACAAUAAGCUUUAUGUUGUUGGAGGGGUUACUAAGGGCCCUGGUGGAUUGACCCCUCUUCAAUCUGGUGAAGUUUUUGAUCCGCAUACUGGUAUAUGGUCUAAAAUACCAAGCAUGCCUUUUACAAAAGCUCAGGUGCUACCAACUGCCUUUCUGGCUGAUCUGCUCAAGCCUAUUGCCACUGGUAUGACUUCAUACAGGGGAAGGUUAUUCGUACCUCAGAGUUUAUAUUGCUGGCCAUUUUUUGUCGAUGUUGGAGGGGAAGUUUAUGAUCCCGAGAUGGAUUCAUGGGUUGAAAUGCCUAUCGGAAUGGGUGAGGGUUGGCCUGCAAGGCAAGCGGGAACAAAAUUGAGUGUCACUGUUGACAGUGAGCUGUAUGCACUGGAUCCAUCUAGCUCUCUUGAAAGUGCCAAGAUUAAGGUAUAUGAUUACCAAGAUGAUGCCUGGAAAGUUAUUGCAGGAGACGUUCCUAUCCCUAACUUCUCUGCUUCAGAGUCUCCGUAUCUACUUGCCUGUUUACUUGGGAAACUUCUUGUGAUUACUAAAGAUGCCAAUCACAAUGUUGCAAUCUUGCAAGCUGCUUUGAAGAAUCAUUUAGCUCCCUUCCCAUCAUCUUCAUCAUCAUUGGAUGAUGCUCACCAUGGAAUUUCUGAACCAAUAGCAGAAUCCGAAAGAGAUCUUUGGGAGGUAAUUUCCACUUGCAGUGUUGGGUCGGCUGAACUGGUGAGCUGUCAAACCCUUAAUAUUUAAGGAUUUUGCAACAAAGUUGCUCUUUAUAAAAUGAUUUCAGACAUUAUACUUGAGUUGGUUGAUAUGAUCACUAUUAAAAAUUCAUACCAAAUUCAAAUUAUAUUAGCCAGAAUAUAAGAUACAUAAUGAGGUUGUCUCCA